CCGCCGGAGCCGCCAUGUUCGCCGUGAAGCGAAACGCGCUCAUCGGCUUCAACCUCUACUGCGGCGGCGGCCGCGCCCAGGCGCCCGCCUCGCCGGGUGGGGAGCCGGCCCCAGCGCCCCCCGGCGCGGCCGCCGCCGCUGAGGUACCGCGGGCCCUGGCGGGCCCGCUGGGGGCCCGGGCCGCCGCUCGGCCGGAAGGGCCCCGCGCUCCCCUGGGCUGCGGUGCGGGCCCCCGCGCCGCGCUGCCCCCCGCGGCCAGGCCGGGCGCGCUCUGGAGCCCCGAGGAGGAGCUGGACGGCUGCGAGCCCGAGGGCGAGCGCGGCCCGGCGGGGGACUCUCUACCCGGGACGCCGCCCGGGCCGCCGGAGCCGUCGGAUGGUCUGCGGCAGGACUCGCUGGAGCUCAUAAGCCGCUAUCUGCGGGAGGCGGCGGGCGAGGCCGAGCCUGGAGCGAAGAAGCUUUUCUCGGGGCUGCUAGGCGGGCCUGGCCGGCCUGGCGGAUCGGGUGAUGCCGUGAUGGAGAAGGCGCUGGAGACGCUGCGGAGGGUCGGCGACGGCGUCAUGCAGAAACACCAGCUCGCCUUCCAGGGAAUGCUUCGGAAGCUGGAUAUCCAGAAAGAGGAAGAUCUGCAGUCAGUGUGUGAAGUGGCUGCCCAUGUGUUCAGUGACGGAGUAACAAACUGGGGUCGGGUAGUGACGCUCAUCUCGUUUGGAGCCUUUGUUGCGAAACACCUGAAGAGCAUCAAGCAGGAGACGUGCAUCAGCUCCCUGGCAGGGAUCAUCACGGACGCGCUCGUCUCAUCCAAGCGCGAGUGGCUCAUGAGCCAGGGAGGCUGGGAGGGCUUUGUUGACUUCUUUCGAGUUGAGGACCUAGAAGGCAGCAUCAGAAACAUCCUGGUGGCAUUUGCAGGCGUGGCUGGACUGGGAGCAAGCUUGGCCUACAUGAUCCGGUGAGCCAGGUUUGCUGCAGAGGGACAGAACUCUGGGUGGACCAGCUCUGUUUGGGGCUGGGAGCUGAUCACUUCCUCCUGUGAGUACUGAUGCAGCUGGACUUGAGUGACCCAAGGAGAAUAUCUGGGCAUGCCCUGAGCAAUCCUUUUCUGAGAAGGAAGGUGUGAUCCGGGCAGAUUGGGGGUACCGAUGAGGAUUUAUUGCUUUGGGAAUAGAAAGUGGAAGAAAUUAUAUUCUGCCUCCUUCAAGAGGAUGAUGACAGAAAGCUCGAGUGGACUGCUUCAGUUUGAUCCUGGAGGGAACUGAUCUGUGUUAGCAGCAAGCCAGUGGGCACCAGCAGCUCUUGUCUGGACUAAAGUCUCCUGGGCUUGGCACAGCAGCUAUGUGUGGAGCAGAUGAUUCAGGGUUGUGGGCUUCUGGAAAUAGCAUCUUCUGCUGAUGCCCUGCCUGAACUUGUGGCUUUUUUGUUGGAGCAGAAGCAUGGGAGUGUUGGGUGAGCCUGUGCCUGCCUUUGGGGGUGCUGGCCAGAAAGGGGCUUCAGCCACUGUUAACUCUGCAUGUGUCCACUGUCUGGAAGCAGCAGAGCUGAGCUGGCAGCCAAGGUGUGCAACCCUCUACCAGAUCAUGGGGCACUGGAGCCCUGCAUGGCUCCUUCCCUCCUUCUCAGCAGGGCUUCAGCCAGGUCCCUGGGGAGGCAGAGGACCCUCAGGGGUGAGGUGGAGUGGCCACCUCUACCGACUGCAGUGUGGCCUUGUCGGCCUGUCUGGCUGAUCUCAGCUACACUGAUGUGACUCAACCACACUCAGGCAGUUUAAAAAUAGGGAGUGUAUUUGUAAGUAUGUAAAACCCACAUGAGGUGGGGAGGCUGUAGAGAACCUGUAAAUAUCUAUAAAUCUGUAGAAUAUGUACAUUUUUACAGAGCUAAGAAUACAAAAAAAUUUUGAAUGUGGUAGAACUGCUUAUGGGUGCACUGUACUUCAUUCCUUAUGUGAAGUAGUAGCAUUUUUGUGGCAAAGCCUUCUUCUGCCUUGACUCCAAGAGAGCCUUUCUCUGAUGUACUUGAGCAAGAUUGCCAUGGGGUGCAACCAAGUGGCCUGGUGGACUCUCAUUGUGUCCAUGGCAAUAGUUGAUGUUUCUGUUCUUUUUAAUCUUUUUGGUUAUUCUAGCCCUUAUAGCGGGUGGGGGGAGCUGUGGAAGUUGGUAUUGGCUGCUUCCUUGUCUUCCCUUUGUUUGGAUUCUCUAAGUCAUGAGUUGAACAAAGCUGAUGUUUGAAUGUAAACAUCCUGGAGCAGAAUAAAACUCAUUGGCUUGGAUCUGCAGCUUGAGCAAGUCUGUUGGUGCCAGCCUUGGGCUUGAUCUCUGGUCUCCACCUGGUAGCGUUGUUUCUCAGUGGGCAUGCAGUACUUGUCCACCUCCUUCCAUCUGAUGGGAUCAGUUGGUUCUUGGGGAGCUCUUCUUGGUGAGACCAGGUCCUGCACAGCCAGGAACAUCCUCGUCCAUGGUGCUCAACCUGCAGCCUGAGCAAUGCCUGAUGGAACCAAGUGGAGAGCUGAAAGAUGGUGCUAUUGCCAGGCCUGCUUGUCUGCUGAACAAGCACUUAGCUUUGUCAAUAAAUGUCUUUUGUUCUCAA